AUGCCUCCUGCGACUGCUUCUAAGGAAGAAAAGGAAGAUUCAAAAAUUACUGAUGAACGACAAGCAUGGAUUGAAAAAACUGUGAGGAAUACAUUCAGAGUUUCAGAGAAGGAAACAAGAAAACUUUUGGAAACUGAUGAAUAUAGAAAAAUCACAAGUACCUUCUUUGAGAAUGUAGAGGCCAAGCAAAUUUUCAUCUUCUAUAACUCGGCCAGCAAUCUCAGUAUCUCAAUUCAAAUGCCUUCCUCGUAUUCGAAAAAAACAAUUUACUUUAUCAAAAAAUCCAAAGUUUCGCUCACACCGGAAAACAUUGCUAGUUCUCUCUUGGUCGGUGAAGUGUCAGAGAGUGCGCUCGAAACACUCUCCUUGGUUUCCAAUCAACUUUUCCUUCCAAUAUUGAAAAAUUGUGUAGAACAACAAUCAUCAUCAGCUGAAGAAUCCGAUGAGAAAAUCUCUAGAGAUGUCGUAACUUAUUUUCAUAAAUUUCUCGCUACUGUCUAUGUUACUUCGGGACAAAUUGAAGGAAAAACAUUAUUGCCAAUUCCACCCGAUGAUGUCGUACAAGAAACUAUAGAUCAAGAACAAGAUAAGGAUAUGAUUCAUGGCCUCGAAACAGCAGUUGUAAAUUGGGCCAAUCAAAUCAAGGACGUAUUGACCAAAGAUCCCGAGAUUCUUUUCACUCCAAACUAUCACCCAGGACCAUUGGAUGAAAUUGAGUUUUGGAACUCGAAAAGAGCUGAUCUAGAUUCAAUUUCUAAGCAGUUGGCUAGUGAUAAGGUGACAAGGGUCAUUGAAAUUCUCAAGAAUAAUCAGAGUACCUAUAUUCCAUCAUUUUUGAAGAUGAUGGAAGAGGUUGAUGUAAAAAAGCAAGAGGCAUUCGAUAACCAUAGGUUUUUGAAACCCCUAAGAAAAUAUUUUGAAAGUGUUAAUAUUAAGAGUGAUAACCAUUCAGAAUAUUUAGAGUUACCAAACGUAUUUAGAAGCAUUUUUCAUUUGAUAUUUAUGAUUUGGAAAACUUCAACUACUUACAACAAACCAGAGCGUCUUGUUGUUUUAGUUCGAGAGCUCUGCAAUGACCUAAUUGAUCAUUCUAGAGAAUAUAUCGGUGGUAAAGAAAUUUUCAACACUGAAUUUCCUGAUGCUGUUGAAAAGUUUGAAAAUACUUUGUCCAUUUGCGGUCUGGUGAAGAAGUAUUUUUUUGCCUACAAGGCCAAGGUUGAACAAGAGUGUCCUAACAAUCAAUGGAAAGUUGCCCCAGCAUCUCUCUUCCACAGAUUAGACUUAUUCUUGGAGAGAUGUAGAGAUAUUCUAAAUAUUUUCAAUCAAGGAAGAUUGUUUGGAAAAUUGGCAAACAUUCAAAUUGGCGGUACAAAGGGUGAUAGUCUAAGUAGAGAAGUGAAAGAUAUCCAUGUUAGAUUUAGUGAAGAAAUUGCCAAAUUUAAAGAAAUACAAUAUGAUGCUCUAUUGGUCGAAGAACACAAGUUCGAAGAAGAUUUUUAUAACUUUAAGAACCAAAUCAAGGAAUUUGAAAAGAAGAUUGGGUCAAUCAUCUCUAAAAGUUUUGAAGAAAGUAACACUAUUCAUGCAGGAGUUAAAGUUAUUGAAAGUUUUGAUGGGCUAUUGGAUCGUGAAAGCGUUCAACAAGAAAUUGUAAAGAAACAAGGUGAUUUACUUCAAACAUUCAGAAAAGAGUUAAAGAGAGUUCAACAAACGUUCACCGAGUCGAAAAACGCUCCAAUUAUUUUCCAUAACAUGCCACCAGUCACAGGAGCGAUACAAUGGGCAGAGUCCUUGUUGGAAAGAAUUGAUGGACCAAUGAGAAAGCUCUCUUCAUUGAGCAAGACUGUAUUUGACACCUCUGAAGGUAAAGAGACUGUCAAACUCCAUGCUAACAUUGUUGGAAAAAUUAAGCAAUAUCAACAACAAUUGUAUACAGAAUGGGCCAAAUCUGUUGCUGAGACUUCAGAAACCAAAUUGAAUGAAAAGUUGUUGAAAAGAGGACAAGAUGGAACUGUAACGGUAAAUUUUGAUCCUGCACUUGUUAGGCUUUUGAGAGAAGUCAAUUAUCUCCAAAAGAUCAACACUCUUCACGAAGGUGAGCCUCAGUGGAAUAUUCCACAAGAGGCCAUCGAUCUCUUUGCAAAGAAUGAAAAGUAUAGAACACAAACAGGUAGCCUGGAGUAUAUUGUAAAUAUGUACAAUGUUGUUCACUCAUCUCUGAUUGAUGUUGAGAGACCACUCUUCCAACAGCAACUCAACAAGAUUGAUACCAUUUUAGAGAGAGCUACUGAAGAGUUAUGCUGGAAGAAUGACUCAGAGAUUGAUCAAUUUUUGUCUGAGGCUAUGAAUGCAGUCAAACUUGCGAGUCACACUCUUUCAUGUAUUAAGAAAAAUAUUGGAGAAAUUGAAAAGGCUCUUGUUAAAUGGGAAAAGAAUCCAAUGUUCCAAAGAAAAGAAACAAGAACAUUAACAAUGAAAGAGUUCGAUGCUAGAUCCAAGGAAAUGAAAUCUACAUAUGAGAAGAUGGUUAAGAAAACCGGUGAGUUAAUAUCUGCAAAGUUGAGUGACUGUCUCGAGGUUUUACGAGGAGGUAAACAAAAGUCAUCUGAAGAACAGAUUCCACAAGAGCUAGGAUGUAUAGGCGUUGACGAAAACAGUACAUCAUGGAAAAAUUUCGUUACGUACGCCAACAAUAUGGUUAUGGAUGGAAUUUGUAAAUCUGUAAUGGCCUCCAUGAGAGCUUUGUUGGAGCAAAUGAGUGUCGAAUUUUUGCAAAGAACUGAACAAAGUCCUUUCCUUGAAAUUUCACUUGUACUUGUAAAGAAACAUACCAACAUACCACAUCAUGAUAUUUAUGAAGCAUCCUUUAGCCCCAGCCUCAAUCCAAAAGAUGAAGUUUCGUUUAAGGGAGUCAUAGACUCAUGGAUUAAUGAUUUUUGUACAGUUUCCGCCUCUAUUGCUCGGUUAGAUACUGGGUCAGGAGAUUAUCUGAAAGAUGUUAUGCAAAAUGCAGAAAUCAAGAAGGCCAUUAAGCAAAUUCAUGAUGGUGUGGAACAUGUGACAAAAGAAUGUAACAAGUUUGCUGAGCAAUAUAUUGCGCAUAAGAAGAUAUACGAGAUUGAUCAGAAAGAGUAUUUUGAAGAAUUCUUGGAGCAAACAUUACCACAAGAUAAUUCCAAGGGCAAAAAUCACAAUAUUGAUGUGGCUAAAUUUGAUGAGCAAAUCAAAAAGUAUCACGGUAUAUAUGAACAAAUCAAAGAACUCACAGGUUGUGACAAUGCAGGAUGGUUAAGAGUUGAUGCUAAACCUAUCAAACAAGAAUUGUUACGAAUUUGCACUUCUUGGGAAAAACUAUUUUCAAAUUUCUUGGCCAACAGUGUCUCUGAAAGGCUCAAUGAUAUUUUCAGUUUCAUGGCCACUGUUGAGAGUGGAAUUGACAAGGAGGUUGUUCCUGGGGAUAUUACAACGUUGAGAGAGGUGAUUCGAUACAUUAGAGAUAUCAAGGUUGAGACUGAGAGCGAACAUGGUAUCUUCCAACCUCUACAAGAAAUUACUCAACUCCUUGCCUCCUACGGUAUUGAGCUCUCUCCAACACUCAUUUCUUCACUUGAACAAGCACCAGCCAAAUGGGACGGCCUAUAUAAGAGAUCAUUGGUGAGAAGAACUGAGUUGAGCGAUCUUCAAGAUCAAGAAUCCACCAAAGUUAAGGAACAGGGUGUUCAAUUCGGUAAACGAGUUCUCAAAUUCCAGGAAGAAUUUAGAGAAAUUACUGCAUUCUUUUACAAGUCAGGAUCUCAAGAAGCCUACAAAUCUAUUGACAAGUGGCAAUUACUUCUUGUAGAUAUGGAGAAAGAGGCUGCAAAAUUGAGAGAAUUGCAAGAUCUAUUUGAAAUUACUGUGAGCGAGUAUAAUGCUCUAAAGACAUGUCGAGAAGAAGUUGUGUUGUUGAAGUCUUUGUGGGAUAUUAUUGCUCACAUUCUCUCUCUCUUUAAAGACUGGAUGAAAACAUCGUUCAAGAAGGUUGACGUGGAUGCUCUUGUCGAAGAGUCAAAGAAAUUGAAAAAGAUUAUUCAAAACUUUAAUCCAAAAGCAAGAGCAUGGGACAGUUACAUUGGUCUGAACAAUGCUGUAACAAAUAUGUUGACUUCACUUCCUCUUGUGCAAGACCUGAGAAAUCCUGCAAUGAGAAGAAGACACUGGGAUGAAUUAUUGGAAGAAACUCAUAAGAAAGGAGCCAUCGAUCCUGAUUCCAAUUUUAAUUUGGAACAAUUAUUAGAUCUAGGUCUUCAUAGUUAUGUUGAUACUGUUCAAACCAUUGUGGACAAGGCAAGCAAGGAGUUGAUUAUUGAAAAGAGUUUAACGAAGGUUGAAUCUACUUGGGAAAAAUUAUCAUUUGUGUUUGGCUAUGAUGAGGAAUUGAAAUGUCCAAUUUUGGGUAGUGUUGAAGAAAUCGUUGAAGUACUUCAAGACAAUCAAGUACAAUUGCAGAACAUGUCAACCAUGAAAUAUGUAGAAUUCUUCAUUGACUCUCUCACGAAAUGGCAAAUUGCACUCUCUACCAUUGAUAGCAUUAUUACAGAAUGGGUAGGAGUUCAAAAGAAGUGGCAAAACUUGUACCCAAUCUUUAUGAUGUCCAAAGAUAUCAAAGAAAAGUUACACGAAGAUGCUGUACGAUUUGCUGAGGCCGAUGCAGAAUGGAGAGUAUUCAUGGAUGUUGCAAAGACAGUACCAAAAAUUACUGAAGCAUGUACUGAACCAACCAUUCGAACAAAACUCAACUCGAGCUUGGAUGUAUUGGAAUAUUUGCAACACGUAGAAGAAAAGUUGGACAUGUGUCAAAAGUCUCUCUCAGAGUAUUUGGAGACUAAAUGUAAGGCAUUUCCAAGAUUUUACUUUAUCAAGGCAGGAGAUGUUAUUGAUAUUUUGAGUAAGGGAUCUUAUCCUAAGCUUGUCAUGAAGCACAUGUCAAAGAUUAUAGAAGCUACCUCAACGUUGACUUUUGAUGAAAAUUCUGAUAUUGCUAACGGUCUUAUUAGUAAGGAGGACGAGGUCAUUUCCUUCCCUGAAAAGUAUGAAUGUAAGGGACCUGUUGAGGAUUGGUUGAACGGAGUAUUGAAAACUGUUGUCAAAUCUUUGACCACCAUUUUAGGAGAAGCUCAUGCUGCCUAUGUUGAACAACAAAGAGAUCAAUGGGUCUUCCAAUUCCCUGCUCAAAUUGUGGUUGUAGCUUCUCGUGUUUGGUUCACAAGUGAAGUCAACUCAGCCUUUGAAAGACAAGAAGAAGGAAACAAGAAUGCACUCAAGGAUUACUAUAAUCAACUUAAGGAUCAAUUGGCCAAAUUAACCACACUUGUCCAGGGAGAAUUAUCAUCAGGUGACAGAAAGAAGAUUAUCACUCUCAUCACUGUUGAUGUUCACAACAGAGACAUUGUUCUCAAGUUGAUGGAAGAAAAGGCAGAAAAUGCUCAAGUAUUUACUUGGCAAUCUCAAUUGAGAUACAGUUGGGACGAUACCAAAGGUUGUACCAUCAACAUUGCUGAUGCAGAAUUUAAAUAUGGCUAUGAGUAUAUCGGCAAUUGUGGUUGCUUGGUUAUUACACCGCUCACAGACAGAUGUUACAUUACCUUGACUCAAUCUUUGAGAUUGGUUAUGGGAGGAGCUCCAGCUGGUCCUGCAGGUACAGGUAAAACCGAAACAACCAAAGAUCUUGGAAGAGCUUUGGGUAUCCAAGUCUAUGUGUUUAACUGUACCGAACAAAUGAAUCCAGCUUCGUUGGGUAAUAUUUUCAAAGGACUUGCCAUGACAGGUACUUGGGGUUGUUUCGACGAGUUCAACCGUAUUAGAGUUGGUGUGUUGUCUGUGGUUGCCACACAAUUUAAAUCUAUUCUAGAUGCUCUCAGAGCACAAAAGAAAGAAUUUAUUUUCGAGCAAGAAAAUAUUUCACUCAUUCCAACAUGUGGUGUGUUCAUUACCAUGAACCCUGGUUAUAAGGGACGUACUGAGUUGCCAGAAAACCUUAAAGCUUUAUUUAGACCUUGUGCAAUGAUUGUUCCUGACUUUAUGAAUAUUUGUGAAAUCAUGUUGGCAUCAGAAGGUUUUAUUAAUGCCAAAGAUUUGGCUAAAAAGUUCGUCACUCUCUACAGAUUGAAUAAGGAGUUGUUAUCAAAACAAGAUCACUACGAUUGGGGUCUUCGCGCCAUUAAAUCUGUGCUCGUUAUCGCAGGAGGUUUGAAGAGAGCUGAACCAACCGUGUCCGAAGAUCGAAUUCUUAUGAGAGCUCUCAGAGAUACUAAUCUUGCCAAAUUGUCCAAAGAUGAUAUUGAAAUUUUCAAAGGACUCAUCAGAGAUUUGUUCCCAAGAAUUGAGAUUGAGCCUAAGAGUGAUCCUGAGUUAGUUAAAGCCAUUAAACAAGCUACUGAAGAAAGAAAGUUACAAACUGGAGAAAAUGAUAUUUUCAUUAGCAAGGUUGUACAAUUCAAGGAAUUACUCGAUGUCAGACACUCUGUAUUCGUUUUGGGUCCGGCUGGCUCUGGUAAGAGUUGUGUUUGGAAAACUUUAGCUAAAGCCUUUGAAAUUCAAGGAAAGAGAACUUGGUUCCAUGUGCUCAAUCCAAAAUCUGUCACAAGUGGUGAAUUGUAUGGUUACACUCAUCCUGUUUCAAAAGAUUGGAAAGAUGGUCUUCUUUCAUUCACUAUGAGAGAAAUGGCAGAAACUAAAACUCCAAAUCCAAAGUGGAUUGUAUUGGACGGUGAUAUUGAUGCUGAAUGGAUUGAAUCCAUGAACACAGUCAUGGACGACAACAAAGUCUUGACUUUGGCCAGUAACGAACGUAUUCCACUCAAUCCAACCAUGAGAAUGCUUUUCGAAAUUGACCAUUUAAGAAAUGCCACUCCUGCUACAGUUUCCAGAGCUGGUAUUCUCUUCUUGAACGAGACAGAUAUUGGAUGGCAACCAUUCAAAGAAAGCUGGAUUGAGACAAGAAAUGUUGAAAAGGAAAAGCAAAAUCUUGAUCGAUUAUUCUACACCUAUGCUCCACACAUUCUUGGAUGGCUUAAAAAACAUCAUCAUAUCAUUCCAAGACAAGAUAUCAACAUGAUUCAAACAUUGUGUUACUUAUUGGAAAGCCUCAUUACACCAGAGUCAUGUCCUCCAGGAUGCUCUCAUGAAAUUUAUGAAUACUACUUUGCAUUUGCUUGUAUUUGGGCCUUCGGUGGCGCAUUAGAGGACGAUGAACGAGUACUUUUUAACGGCAUGUUCAAGAAAGACUUCCCACAAGUUAAAUUCCCAGAUACAGCCACAGUAUUUGAUUUCUAUGUUGUCACUGAGGGAGAUAGUGUCCGUCUUGAACCAUGGUCUACCAAAGUCCAAGAGUAUAUCCAUGAUCCUGAAUUACCAUUCAGCGAAAUUGUGGUGAAUACUGCUGAUACUGCAAGAUUAACUUAUUUGACUGAUCUGUUGGCAGACAAGAAAAAACCUGUAUUACUCGUCGGUACAGCUGGAACUGGUAAGACUACUGUGGUGAAAGGAAAGCUUAGAAAUCUCGAUGAAGAUACUCUCUAUACAACGAUUAACUUUAACAGUAACACCGAUGCUGAGUCAUUCCAAAACAUUCUUGAACAAUCGAUUGUUAAGAAGGCUGGUAAAAUGUACGGUCCACCAGGUAGAAAGAAGUUGAUCUACUUUAUUGAUGAUUUGAAUAUGCCAAAUCCUGACAAGUACGGAACACAAUCUGCAAUUGAAUUUUUGCGUCAACACAUGGAUUAUGGAUUUUGGUAUGACAGAAAUAACAUGAGUACAAAGGAAGUUAGCAAUGUUCAGUACAUUGCAGCAAUGAAUCCAAAGGCUGGUUCUUUCACUGUUACUGGAAGACUUCAAAGACACUUUGGUAUGUUUGCUUGCACAUUCCCAGCAGAUGCAGACUUGAGAACCAUCUAUUCUCAAAUUAUUAAUGCUCACUUGGAGACAUUCGACAAGAAAGUUCACAAUAUUGCUGGUAAAUUGGUAGAAGCUACUAUCAAGUUGCAUAAGGAAGUUUCAAAGUACUUCUUGCCAACUGCAGUUAAAUUCCACUAUCAAUUUAACCUUAGAGAAAUUUCAAACCUUUUCCAAGGCCUGUGCCGCUCAACUAAAGAACACUACACCGAACCAUCUCAAAUUAUUAGAUUGUGGAUGCACGAAUCCUUCAGAGUGUUUUCUGAUAGAAUGACUGAACAUGAAGAUGUUGCAAAAUUCAACGCUAUGGCUACCAAGAUUAGUAAGGAUGUUCUUGAUUGCGAAAUUUCAGAUGGUGAGAACUUGAUAUUUGCAUCAUUUAUAUCCGAUCAAGAAGGUAACGGCCCUUACAUUGAAGCAACAGAUUAUCAAAAAUUGAAGCAAACUUUGGAAAGAAAGUUAGACGAGUACAACUCUUCACGAUCGAUCAUGAACCUUGAGUUGUUCAAACAAGCUAUUUGGCAUAUUUGUAGAAUUAGUCGUAUUUUAUCAAAUCCAAGAGGUAAUGCUCUAUUGGUAGGAGUUGGUGGUAGUGGUAAACAAAGUUUAGCUAAAUUAGCUUCAUUUAUCAACAAUUAUGAAAUUUCGCAAAUCACUGUCACACCUUCCUACAAAAUUCUUGAUUUCAAGAAGGACCUUUUGGAGUUGUAUAAGAAGGCGGGUGAAAAGGACAUGAAGAUUUCCUUCAUUCUUACUGACUCUCAAAUUAUUGAUCAAAAGCAACUUGUGUUCAUUAACGACUUUUUAUCCUCUGGUUACAUUCCUGAACUGUUCGCUCCAGACGAUGUUGAAAAAUCCAUUCAAGCAGUUCAGCCUGCCGUAAAAUAUGCUGGUAAGGAUCACAACGAUAAGAAAGUUUGUUGGGACUUCUUCCUUGAAAAAGUCAAAAAGAAUUUGCACUUGGUUUUGUGCUUCUCUCCAGUUGGCGAACAAUUACGUACAUGGUGUAGAAAGUUCCCUGCCAUUAUGAAUUGUUCUGUUAUUGAUUGGUUCCAUGAAUGGCCAAGAGAUGCUCUCAUUUCUGUGGCUUAUAGAUUCCUUAAUUCUGAAGAUCUUCAAUUAGGAGAUGAAGCCAUGAUCACAAACAUCUCUGAACAUAUGGCAUUUGUUCAUGAGUCAGUGAGUGUUGCUUGUAAGACCUAUCAACAAGUGGACAGAAGAUACAACUACACCACCCCAAAGAGUUUCCUCGAGCUCAUUGAAGUUUAUAAAAAGUUGUUGGCCAAGAAAAGAGAAGAACUCAAUAGCACCAUUGACAGAUUGAGCAAUGGUUUGACCAAGAUUAAUGAAUCCGAAGAGAAGGUGAAAGAAUUGUCAACAGUUCUUGCUCAAGAAGCUAUUGUGGUCGAAGAGAAGAAGAGAGCCACAGAGGAACUGUUAGCAAAGGUCACUAAGGAGAAUACUUUCUUGGCAAGUCAACAAAAAAUUGUUGAGGAAGAAGAGGUUAAGCAAAACAAGGUCGUUGCUGAAGUUAAUGCUCUUGCCAAAGUAUGUUCAGAAGAGUUAGCAAAGGCAGAACCGCUAAUUGAAAAGGCCAAGAAGAGCUUGGAAGUGUUGAACGUGAAGGACUUCCAAGAAUUGAAAUCAUUUACAAAUCCACCAGCUUUCGUUGACGUGGUUACUGCAGCUGUCAUGAUUUUGAAAGCUCCAAGAGGUGUUCCAAAGAAUGUUGCUUGGGCUGAAAGCAAGAAGAUGAUGAACAAUCCAAACCAAUUCAUGACAGAAUUAAUCUCAUUCAAUGCUGAAACCAUUCCAAAGAUCCCACAAGAGAACAUUGAUGCCCUCAAAAAUAACAAGUAUUUGCAACAUCCAGAGUUCAAGCCAGAAUUGAUUCAAAGCAAGUCAAAGGCUGCUGCAGGCUUGUGUGACUGGGUCAUCAACGUGGUAGCCUUCUACGAUUUGGACAAGUUGAUCGAACCAAAGAGACAACAAUUAGCUCAAGCUAUGGAAGAAAAGGAAAAGAACGAAGCUCACCUUAGAAAGAUUAGCGACAAAUUGAACUCGCUUAGAAAGGCCAAAGAGCAAGCAGAAUUGGAACACAAUAAUGCUCAACAAGAAUUGAUUAGAAUUGAAAAGCAAAAGAAGAAGACAGAAGACAAGCUAAGUCUUGCUCACAGAUUGGUCAACGGUUUGUCUGAUGAAAAGAUUAGAUGGGCCGACUCGAUUAAGGAGCUUAAUGAGCGCGAGAAGACUUUGAUUGGAGACGUGUUAUUGGCAGCUGCUUUCCUUUCCUAUGUCGGACCUUUCACUAAAAAGUACAGAGAUCACUUGGUGAAUGAAAAGUGGAUUGUUGAUCUCAAGGAAAGAAAGAUUCCAACAACUGAGGGUAUUGAUCCUCUGUUUGGUGUUCUGGCUGAAGAUGCUCAAGUUGCCCAGUGGAACAAUGAAGGCCUUCCAUCUGAUAGAGUUUCAAUUGAAAAUGGUGCAAUUGUCACCAAUUGUAAGCGUUGGCCAUUAUUGAUCGAUCCUCAAUUGCAAGGUGUCAAGUGGAUUAAGAAUAUGGAAAGUAAGAACAAUUUGCAAGUAAUCCAAUUGACCAAGAAGGGUUAUUUAGAAACACUCAUUCAUGCCAUCAUGAAUGGAUAUCCUGUAUUGUUGGAAAAUGUUGGAGAGUCAAUUGAUCCAAUCCUUGACCCAUUAUUGUCACAAAGUUACACUCGAAAAGGCAGUUCUGUCAGCAUCAAACUUGGUAACCGUGAGGUUGAUUUUGAUCCAAAAUUCAAGCUCUAUAUUCAAACAAAGUUACCAAACCCUCAUUAUCGUCCAGAAAUUGUUGCUCAAACCACUUUGCUUAACUUUAUGGUCACUGAACAAGGUCUCGAUGAUCAGUUACUGGGUACUGUUGUUAAUAAGGAAAGACCUGACUUGGAAGAGCUUCGUCUUUCUUACUUGAGACAACUCAGACAGUUCAAGAUUGACUUGAAGAAUUGUGAGGAUGCUCUUAGAAAUGAAUUGUCAAAUGCAAAGGGUGACUAUCUGGAAAAUCACAGACUCAUUGACAAUUUAGAAGCUACCAAGAAGAAAUCACAACAAAUCAAGGUUAGCUUGAAAGAAAUUUUAGAGAACAACAGAAUGAUUGAUGAAAGCAGACAAGUUUAUAGACCUGUAUCCAUUAGAGGUUCUAUGUUGUAUUUCUUGAUUGAUCAAUUAUCCAAGAUUGAUCACAUGUACCAAUACUCACUCGAAGCCUUCAUGGUGGUGUUCAAUAAGGCUCUAGAAAAGGCAGAAGCUUCGGAAGUUGUAGAAAAGAGAGUGGAGAACAUUGUUGAUAGUAUCACAGAGACACUAUUCAGCUAUGUGUCAAGAGGUUUGUUCGAAAGACACAAGCUUAUUUUCUCAACAAUGCUUUGUAUUGAGAUUAUGAAGAAGAAGAAUGAACUCGAUCCAACUCACAUUGACUUUUUGUUGAGAGCACCAAGAAUUGAUGGUAUUGAAAGAAAAGAAACAGUGAUAGGAUGGUGCUCAGAAUUGAGCUGGGCAUAUGUUCAAGCAUUGAGUCAAAUUGAAGGAACAACGCCAGCAUUUAACCUACUUCCUGAGGACAUGGCUGGUUCAUGGAGAAGAUGGAAAGAAUGGACCGAAUUUGAAAAGCCAGAAGAAAAACCACUUCCAUUAGAAUGGAAGAAUUUGACACCAUUCCAAAGAUUAUUGAUUAUUAGAUGUCUCAGACCUGACAGAUUGACAAUGGCUGUCACAAACUUUGUUAGAGAACGUAUUGGUGAAAAAUAUGUGAGAGAUAUUCCAGUGGAUUUGGAGGUUUCAUAUUUGGACUCUGGUCCAACUACACCAUUGUUCUUCAUUCUCUCACCUGGUGUAGAUCCUGUCAAGUCUGUUGAAAAGAUUGGUGAAAAGUAUGGAUUCACAACUGCACUUGGAAAAUUCAAGAACGUUUCAUUGGGAGAGGGUCAAACUGUUGUUGCUGAGAAUGCCUUACAACACGCAUUCAGAACUGGUGGUUGGGUCAUGUUGAACAAUCUUCACUUGACUCCAGAAUGGUUGGGUACUUUGGAAAAGAAGCUUGAACAAUUUGCUGAACAGUACAGUCGUCAAGAAAUGAGAGAAAAGAAGAGAAGAGAGAAAGAGUCAGCUCUUAAGAAGACAGCCUCCACAACCAAGAUCAGCACUGAAGAAGCUGAAGUAUCUAUUGAGGUUGCAGAGUCAUCACCGCCCUCUGAAGAACAAAUUGCACAAAUACCACCCGCUGAGGAACAUCACGAUGAUGAAGACGAGGAAGAAGAUAAUGGACAUCCUGACUUUAGAGUCUUCCUGUCAGCAGAACCUUCAAAUCAAAUUCCAAUUGGUAUUUUGCAAAGAUCAAUCAAAUUGACAAAUGAACCUCCUAGUGGCUUGAAAGCUAACUUGGUACGAUCACUGUUGCAAUUUGAUGACAACGUAUGGGAAGGAAGCUCCAAGCAAACAGAAUUUAAGGGAAUUUUGUUCUCACUCUGUUUCUUCCAUGCUUGUAUUGUUGAAAGAAAGAAGUUUGGACCUCAAGGUUGGAACAGAAAUUAUCCAUUUAACCUUGGCGACUUGACCACAUGCAUCCUUGUAUUGAAUAAUUACUUGGAAGAUAGACCAAAAGUACCAUGGGAAGAUUUACGUUAUGUCUUUGGUGAAAUUAUGUAUGGUGGUCACAUUACUGACGAUUGGGACAGAAAACUCUGUAAGACAUACCUGGAAAAGUUCAUUCGCCCUGAUGUAGUUGACCAAAUUGAAUUGUGUCCUGAGUUCUUGUCACCACCAACUAAUUUAAGUCAUAAGGGAUAUUUAGAAUAUGUCGAGAAGAAUCUCCCUCCUGAAAGUCCUGUUUGUUAUGGCUUGCAUCCAAAUGCUGAAAUUGGUUUCAGAACAGCUCAAGGUGAAAACAUGUUUAAUAUGAUUACUGAAAUGCAACCAAGAUCUGCUGCAGGAGGAGGUGCUGGCAUGUCUUUCCAAGAAAAAAAGGAAAUUUCUGACCGACUCGAUGAAGAGAGAACACCUUAUCAAAACUCGUUCUAUCAAGAAUGUGAAUACAUGAACAAGUUACUCGUUGAAAUUGACCGUUCUCUGAAGGAAUUACAAAGUGGUCUAGAUGGUUUGUUGACCAUCAGUGACAAGAUGCAAGUUCUACAAAAUGCCAUCUAUUUGAACAAGGUACCAGAAACAUGGUCUGCUCUUGCUUAUCCAUCUCCAAGAAAGUUGGAUGGUUGGUUCGACGAUUUACUUCAAAGAUAUCAACAAUUGUUGAACUGGACCGCUGAUUUGCAAACUCCUAAGGUGGUUUGGAUUUCUGGUUUAUUCAACCCUCAAUCAUUCUUGACUGCUAUCAUGCAAACCAUUGCAAGACAAAAAACUUGGGCUCUCGAUGAAAUGACUUUGGUUGCAGACGUGACAAAGAAGUAUGCAGUUGAUGAAAUUGAACAAGCUGCCAGAGAGGGCGCGUAUGUAACUGGUUUAUCAUUGGAAGGAGCCGCUUGGGACUCAAAGAAGGGAACUUUGGUGGAUUCCAAAUUGAAAGAUCUUCAUCCAAAGAUGCCAAUCAUUCACAUUAAGGCAGUUCAAAAUGAGAAGGCAGAUCCAAACAGUUUCUAUGAUUGUCCUGUCUACAGAACUCAAGAAAGAGGUCCUGAUUAUAUCUUCACAUGCAAGUUGAAGACACGUGAUCCUCCAUCGAAGUGGAUUAUGGCUGGAGCAGCCAUGCUGUUGGAUUGUCCAGAUUCUAUCUAA